AUGGUCAAGUCAUAUUUGAAGUUUGAGCACAGCAAGACCUUCGGACAGAUCUGUACCACCGCCGCGAAUGUUGUCUGGGAUCCAGCGUCCGACCAUGAAGACUCGACGACGGGCAGAGGCGGCGCGGGUUGUGCAUAUGUCGGCGCAAACGAGGAUGUCCUGGUGUGGGAGCUGAAGAAAUCAGAAAAGAUUCGGGAAUGGCACGUCGAGGACAACAAUGCUCUGGUCACCGUGAUACACCGGAGUCAGACGGACCCAGACAUUUUUGCCGUGGGCUACGACGAUGGGAAGAUUCGAAUAUGGGACGCCAGGACUGCAACGGUCAUCAUCACAUUCAAUGGACACAGGACGGCCAUCUCGCAACUCACCUUUGACCAGUCCGGAGUCCGGCUGGCGAGCGGCUCGAAAGACACCGACGUUAUCGUAUGGGAUCUGGUGGCAGAGGUCGGCUUGUACCGCCUGCGAGGUCACAAGGAUCAGAUAACGUCCCUCAAUUUUCUUUCCGCGGAGGAUGCACAAGACACUACCGACGAGACCUCUACUACGCACGGUUUCCUCUUGUCCACUAGCAAGGACGCCUUGAUCAAGGUUUGGGAUCUGUCGACGCAGCAUUGCGUCGAGACACAUGUGACACAGACCAAUGGAGAAUGCUGGGCGUUAGGCCUCACAAAAGACAAGACUGGCUGCAUUACCGCAGGCAACGACGGAGAGCUCAAGGUCUGGUCGAUCAAUGAGUCCGUUUUGCAGGAGAAGCUGGGUACGAACAUCCAGGAAGGGCGCAAUAUCCUACAGGAGCGCGGGGCAUUGUACCGUCACGGACGUGAUCGCCCGAUAGCCGUGACUUUCCAUCCCACGCGCGACUUGUUUGCUGUCCAUGGAGCAGAGAAAGCCGUCGAGUUACUGCGAAUCAGAUCAGAAACUGAGAUCCGGAAAUCCCUUGCUCGCAAACGGAAGAGAAGAAAAGAAAAGGAGGGGCCAGCCGACGCGGACUCGGGCGUCGAUGUCGCUGAUGAUGCAGAGGAGGUGGCUGACAUCUCCACAGCUACUGUAGCGGACGUUUUUGUUCCGUACGUUAUCGUACGAACGGGCGGUAAAGUAAGGUCAAUAGACUGGGCAGGCGGUAAAUCCGGCAAAUCGGUACAAAUACUGGUCUCUACGUCCAACAAUCAAUUAGAGCUCUUCGAUGUCUCAGCAUCCGAGAAGAGAAAGAAAUCCUCCGAACCCCCAGACUACAACAGAACACUUUCAGUCGACAUGCCAGGUCAUCGCACCGACAUACGCUGCGUGGCUCUCAGUUCUGACGACCGCAUGCUCGCCACAGCAUCACAAGGGAGCUUGAAGAUCUGGAACACAAAGACUCAAACCUGUCUGCGUACCCUGGACUGCGGACAUGCCCUCAGCUUAACAUUCUUGCCCGGCGAUAAGAUCGUCGUUGUGGGCACCAGGGAAGGAACCCUCGAAGUCUUCGAUAUCGCGGCCUCAAUAUUACUUGACACAAUCGAUGCCCACGAACGAGACAUAUGGUCGAUACAGGUCUCGCCCGAUGGAAAGUCGCUGGUCACAGGUUCGGCCGACAAAAGCGCCAAAUUCUGGCAGUUCAAAGUCAUCCAGGAGGAAGUGCUGGGCACGACUCGAAAGACAUCCAGACUCACCCUCGUGCACACCCGCACGCUCAAAGUCGCCGACGACAUCCUCUCCGUGUGCUUCUCGCCCGACGAACGCCUCCUUGCCGUCUCAACUCUCGAUUCGACCGUCAAAGUCUUCUUCGUCGACACGUUGAAACUCUUCCUGACCCUCUACGGCCACAAACUCCCCGUCCUCUCCAUGGACAUCUCCUACGACAGCAAACUGAUCGUCACGUCGAGCGCCGACAAGAACGUCCGCGUCUGGGGCCUCGACUUCGGCGACUGCCACAAGGCCUUCUUCGCGCACAACGACAGCAUCCUCGCUGUGAACUUCGUGCCCACCAACAAUGAAGGCAACGGGCAUCAUUUCUUCUCCGCCUCCAAGGACCGUGUCAUCAAAUACUACGACGCCGACAAGUUCGAGCAGAUCCAAAAGCUAGACGGGCACAAGGGCGAGAUUUGGGCCAUGGCCGUCGCUCACACGGGCGACUUUCUCAUCACGGCAAGCCACGACAAGACCAUCCGCACGUGGACCCAGACCGACGAGCAGAUCUUCCUGGAAGAAGAGCGCGAAAAAGAACUCGAAGACCUCUACGAGACCACCCUCCUAACCUCUCUGGAGAACGACACCAACGAGCUUGCCGACAAUGUUACAGAGGCGGGUCCCGCAGGCAAACAGACCGCCCAGACGUUAAUGGCCGGCGAGAAGAUCACGGAAGCCCUCGACCUCGGCCUGGAAGAUCUGCGCACGAUGCAAGCCUACGACGCGGCCCGCAAAAGCGGCCAGAGAGCUGCCGUUCCGCAGCGGAACCCGGUCUUCCUCGCCAACAACAACGUCUCGGCCUCUUCGUACGUGCUUUCUGUGUUUCAGAAAAUCCCGGCCGCCUCGCUCCAGGACGCGCUUUUGGUGCUUAGCUUCAGCCAGAUCCCCGCGCUGUUCACGUUCCUGGCGCUCUGGGCGCAGGAGGAGCGCGCCAUCCCACUGACGUGCCGCAUUCUGCUGUUCAUGCUCAAGACGCAUCAGCGCCAGAUCGUCGCGUCGAGACAAUUGAAGGGCAUGCUCGAAGACGUGAGGGGGAAAUUAAGGCGCACGCUCGUCAGGCAGAAGUCGGAAAUGGGGUUCAAUCUCGCGGGCCUAAGGGUGUUGGGCCGUCGAGUCCGGGAAGCUGCGGGGGAGAGUGAAUUCGUGGAUGAAGAGACGUGGGGCAGCGAGGCCCAAGAUGCCGGCCAGAAGGGCAGGAAGAGGGAAUUUGUGAAUGUUGCGUAG